GUCCCACAGAGUUUCUCUUCAGGAUGAGCUCAACACAUGUACUGCAGGCUCUGUGCCUACUGAUGCUUUUCUCCAUGACCACCGCUCAACAGGGCUACAUGCACGAGAGUGGUGAGGACUGGGUGAACGCCUGGCGCCAGGGCUUCAACUUCCAGUGUCCCCAUGGUGAGGUGUUAGUGGCAGUCAGGAGUUACUUCAGUGAGAAGGAAGGCUCGGACCGGCUGUGGAGCUUCGAGUGUCAAAGGACUCCUUACGGCUGGGGAGAGCCCAGUGAAUGCUGGUGGGACGACAUCAACAGAGCUGGCAUGGAAUGGUCUUCAGUUUGUACUAGUAAUGGACUGGUAGCAGGAGUGCAGAGUAAGUAUUUUGAAGCAGUUCUGGAUCGAGAAUGGCAGUUCUAUUGCUGUCGAUAUGCUCAAAGGUGCCCCUAUUCCUGCUGGAAGACGUAUGAUGUUCCAGAGUACUACAGAGAAGAGGGUGAGAUGGUGGUUCCCAGUUACGGCUACUUCAUUAGAGGGGCUCAAACUACUUUCAGUGGUGUGCUGAGGGAUCGGCAGUGGAAGUACAUCCUGUGCCGAAUGACAGACUUUGAUUGUCAGUUUCAAAACUACUGACUGCAUUCACUAGCACUAACAGAAAACAUGUCAUACUCCAAUUUAGCAUUAGCUUUAAAGUUUACAAGUUCUGUAUAAUCUUGCAUUGAUUGCCAUUUCCUUGAUUUUACUGCAAGUUUACUUAUUUUCAUUUUUUAACAAAUAAAUGUAAUCAUUUUAAAAUCCAAAAAAAGAAAUGAGCUUUUUUAUAUUGUUGUCUUUUAUAAAUAGCUUUUACAUACAGUUGUAUAAUUGAGCCAUGUAAUAAAAACGGCAUAAAGUUAAAUAAAUCGAGUAUUACUUAAACAGAUAGUGUAACAGUUUACAUUACUGCACUACGAACACUAAAAUCUGUUGCUCAAAACAUUAUUAAAAUACUGAUAUCUCUGGAAAAUAGAAUAAAACUAAUAAAGCAGAAGCUUGUCCCA